AUGGACGACUUGGAGAAAGGAAUUCUUAUCAUGUUUGAUGAAUCGGGAGCCAUAGAUGAUGAAUUGAAGAUUAAAGCUAAAAGUUAUUGCACCGAUAUUAGGGAGAAACCAUCGGUUUGUAGAUUAUGCAUUCAAAAGUUAUGCUCUUCAAAUCUUGUUCAAGUUCAAUUCUGGUGCCUACAGACUUUGCAUGAAGUCAUUCGGACACGAUACUCAACAAUAACCCCCGAAGAGAAGAACGUCAUCAGGGGUACUGUCUUUUCAAUCGUCUGUCUCGAAGACAAGAACCCUACUAGGGUUUUACAGGGUCCUGCAUUUAUAAAAAACAAGCUUGCACAGGGUUAA